CAACCCCGGUUGCUAUUUUCUUGGUCCAGGAUCCAGGAGAAUCCGCUGCUCUGCAGAGAGAAGAAGCCCUUGGUCCUCAGCACAGAGCCCCAGCUGAGCAGAGCCUCUCAGAAGGAUCCAGGAGAAUCAGCUGCUCUGCAGAGAGAAGAAGCCCUUGGUCCUCAGCACAGAGCCCCAGCGGGGCAGAGCCUUUCAGAGGGCAGAAGACCCAACAGAAGAAGGUUCCAGUUCCUGCUACUGACACACAUUGGAGAGGAAGUCCUACCAGCAGAGGAGCAGCUCCUGCCCCCAGCAGCCCAUCUGGGACUCCUCCCUCCCCUAGGAGCCUCCUGAGCUUCUUAGCUGCAGGGAGAGGCUGAGAGAAUCCUGCUGCCUCCCAGGUCCAGGUCUGCUCCUGGGCAGCAGCCUUGCAGAGACAGUGUCCUGGGAUUGAGCGACUGCAGCAUGGACCAGGAAGGCUUCUUGGAGGAGCUGCGGGCACAGGCCAGCUGCCCCAUGUGCCUGGAAAUCCUGAGGGACCCUAUGACCCUGGCCUGCGGGCACAACUGCUGUGAGUCCUGCCUGCAGCAGCUCUGGGAGGGCCUGCUGGACGUGUUCCCCUGCCCAGUCUGCCAGCACCACUGCACCCCUGGGGGGCAGCGGGUCAACAUCCAGCUGAGGGUCCUGGGAGACCUGCUGAGGCAGCUGCCUGGCACAGAAACCAGGAAGAGGAAGAGGCAGGCAGAGGGCCCGUGGUGCCCGCAGCACCCACAGCAGGUGCUCAGCCUCUUCUGUGAGCAGGACCUGGAGCUGGUGUGCGCCCAGUGUGGGUUGUCCUGUGAGCACAGCGGGCACGACCUGACCCCUGCCCCCAAGGCAGCCGCUCAGCACAGGCAGAGGCUCAAGGCCUACCUGCAGCCCCUCAAGAAGCAGCUUGCUGAUGCUCUGCGGGGCUUACAGCUGCAGGGCAGAGAGACAGAGGUCCUGAGCCUGCAGGUGCAGGCUCUCAAGGCAGAGCUGGACAGUGACUUGCAGGAGAGUCAGCAGUUCCUGCAGAGGUAUCUGGAGGUCACAGACGCCCAGAUCUUCAGGGCCAUGGAGACUCUUUACCAAACCCAGGAGAGCAGAGACCAGCUGUUGGCGCACAGCUCCUCCCUCCAGGCUCUGGAGAGGGAGCUCGCCAGGACCAGCCUGCAGACAGACACCCAGCUCCUGCUCAGAGGCCCAGAAGUUCGCCAGCUGCUGAAAAGAUGUGAAGACUUCAAGGGCCCGGAAGCCAGCUCCUUCCAGUCCCAGGAGGCCGGCCCUAGUCUCCCCCACCACUACAUGGGCACCUACUCCAUGAUCACCAGGUUCCAGACCCCAGUGAGCCUGGACCCCGAAACGGCUCACUGCAGUCUGCUAGUGGGUGGCUGCAGCAAGAUGGUCUUGUUCCCACGGGACACGGAGGACACUGGCUAUGAGGCCAAGGCCACAGGCUUUACUUCCCACAUGGCCAUCCUGGGCUCCCAGACCUUUGAGUCCGGCCGGCAUUUCUGGGUAGUGAAAAUCUCGGGCAAGGGCACCUGGGCCUUGGGAGUGUGCAAGGCCUCCUUCCCCAGACAUGCCCUACAGCCCCCGUCCCCAAGUCUGGGCUGCUGGCACCUGGAGCAGCAGGUUGACUCGGGCCCAGACUCUGCUCACAGCCAUGCUAACCACGACUGGGACAGCGACAUCGACAGCCUGCGCAUCGGGGUCUUCCUGGACUAUGAGCUCGGCGAGCUCUCCCUCUACCACAUGCAGCACAGAGCCCUCAUCGCCACCAUCCACGACACCUUCUCCGACAGCCUGCUGCCCUACUUCUCUGCUAGGCCCGAGUCCCCGACCCUCUCCAUGAAGAUCAUCACCCAGAAAGCCUGAAGCCCGUGGACGCUGUCCUUUCUCUGACUCUGCCCUUCUCAUCUUCCUCCAGUCUCUUGGACAUCAAGCAAAUGCAGAGAGCACUGUGAUUCCAAACACCUUAAAACAGACACUUUUUCCUCCUGUGCUGCUGGUGGGAAUAUACCUUCAUCCAACCUCUGUGGAGAACCUUCUGCAGAACUCUCAGAAAUCUAGAAAUGGACCUAUGUAUGCUAUGAUCCUGCAAUUCCUCACCAGAGAACCCAACAUACCCUUCCAAAAACAUCUAUGUGCACAUCUGUUGUUAGCAGCACAAUCUGUAAUAGAGAAAACCUCGAAGCAGGCCAGGUGUCCAACAACAGCAGAUGAGUGGCUGAGCAAGUUGUGGUACAUAUACACAAUGGAAUACUACUCAGCUAUGAAAAAUAGUAAUCUCACCAUUUUAAGCUGAUCUUGGAUGGACCUUGAAAAAAUCAUGUUAAGUCAAAUAAGGCAGAAAGUGAAGCAUGAAUAUGGGAUGGUCUCACUCUCAGGCAGAAGUUGAAAAACAAGAUCAGAAGAGAAAACACAAGGAGAACC